AUGACUAGCUUUGUGAUCUCGAAUGGUUGUUCAAGGAUACAUCGGAUUUUAACGGAUGAGGAAAGGUUUCGAGGAUGUAAAACACGUUGGACAGAACUUGAAGUUCACGGACGUGUCAAAAACAUUUCGUCUGGUUUAUUUGAAAUGCGCCAUUUAACAGCUCUUUUCCUUGGAAAUAAUCAACUUCAAGUAAUACCUUCUGGAAUUUCACAACUUUGUAAUCUUACUUUGUUGGACCUUUCUCACAAUAAAAUACGAAAUCUACCGAAAGAGAUUGGAGAUAUGGUGAUCUUUUUAUUAGCUCUCCUUUUUUGGACAAAUUAUUUGAACCUUAUAACCUUAAAAAAAUAUUUUAAGAUUUCUCUCUGCCAUCUCUAUUUAAAUUCAAAUCAGUUAAGAGUGUUACCUUAUGAACUUGGAAAGUUAUUUCGGCUGCAAACUUUUGCAUUGGCACACAACCCUCUUUCUCCAGAAAUCAGCAAAAUUUAUCAAGAUUUAAAUGGAGACAAGAAAUUAUUGCAAUAUUUAUUAGAUCAUCUUGCUUUAAAUAUUAUUCCACCUCCAGAACGAAAUUGGAUUGCAGCUAGAAACAUUGAUCCGGACAAGCCAAUUGCUACAUUUACCAUUCUUUGUUACAAUGUUCUGUGUGAUAAAUAUGCCACUUCAAAUCUCUACUCUUACUGCCCACAAUGGGCACUUAAUUGGGAGUGCAGAAAACAAUACAUCCUCAAAGAGAUUUUCAAUUAUAGCGCUGAUAUAAUUACAUUACAGGAAGUUGAGACUGAGCAAUUCAAAACUUUAUUUCAACCAAAGUUGGAGGUGGAAGGAUAUUCUGGCGUAUUUUACCCAAAAUCACGGUCAAAAACUAUGAAUGAGGAAGAAAAAAAGUAUGUCGAUGGAUGUGCAAUUUUUUGGAAGAAAGACAAAUUUGAAAUGGAAAGAAAUCAACCAAUUGAAUUUACAAAAGUAGCAAUUGAAAAAGCACAAGCACAUGAAAAUAUGCUUAAUCGAGUAAUGCCUCGUGACAAUAUUGCUUUGGCAGCUGUUUUGCGUAUUAAAGACAACCUUUAUGGACCUCAUCGAGUACCUCCUAACACAAAUGAUAAUGUUAGUGGAAGUCUUUUGGUUGUUUGUACAGCACAUAUUCAUUGGGAUCCAGAAUUUUGUGAUGUAAAAUUAAUUCAGUCAAUGAUGUUAGUUCACGAAUUGCAAAAAUUGUUGGAUAUUGUUGCCGUAAAAUAUAGUUUAAAUGUUCAACAGAUUCCUGUUUUGAUAUGUGGAGAUUUUAAUUCUUUACCUGAUUCUGGUGUUGUUGAAUUUUUAAGUAAAGGAGCAAUAUCAAAAGAUCAUCCAGAUUUGAAAAGUUUUAGAGAGGAAAGCUGUCUAAGUUGUUUAUCAUCAGAUUUGAAGGAUCAAAGAAAUUUUACUCAUUCACUACGUCUUGAUAGCGCCGUUGAUACUGCACAGAUUCCGUACACCAACUAUACGCUUGACUUUAAAGGAACGAUAGAUUAUAUAUUUGCAACACCGCAGUCUUUGGCACGUCUUGGUACUCUUGGCCCACUUGAUUCCACUUGGGUCCAACAGAACAAGUUUGUUGGUUUUCCUCAACCACACGUGCCUAGCGACCACAUUCCAAUAAUGGCACAAUAUGCAGUUAUUCCGGCAUCACACCAAAGAUCUCUGCCGCCUAUACAGCACUAUGGAUCGUCACAUUCGGGAGGGUUUGGUGCUAUUGGAAGAUGAUGAUGCUUACCUUUUUAUGGGUAUUUUUACUUUUUGUUUUUGGGGAAUUUAAAUAUGUGAAUCUGACAAAAUGUGUGUAUAUUGAGUUCUCUGACAAAUUUAAUAACAUAUAAAAGCAAAUAUUGUUGAAAGAAAUGUGAAGGAGUUUAUAAGUAUGAUC